GUGUUGAAAAACUGAAUGACAAUUGCAGGAGAAUUCAUUUAGAAAAAUCCAACAAAUGGGAUGCUGCGAAGGACGUUUUGCUUGCUGAAGAAAGGCUAAAAAAUUUAAGCCACCUGCAGAGAACACCAAGGCCAUAUAAAAAAAAGGCAGAUGAAUACUGGUCUACGGGAAUUAAGGAAAGUCGGAGCAAGCGGCCAAGAUUACGUGACCAAGUACAGCCUAGCGAAGCAGAGGUGGACGGAGAAGAUAUGUCCACACUUACUGCUAACGAACUUCGAAAGCGCCUAAAAGAUAUGGGCAUCAAAACUGCAGCACGAAAUAUCGACCGACUUCUAGAUAUGUACCGUAUAGCUAUGCAGUGA